GACCACCAGCGGGAAUAUUCAAUAUUUGGUGUCAGGACUCUCCUUUGAGCUUACAUUUAUUUGUUAUUUAUUCGACUGUAUUUUUUCCACUGUUUUUACUGAAUUAAAGCGUAUUUAAGUCAAAAUGGACUGUGUGGAUUCCCCAAGAGUUAUGCCAAAUUCACCGAGGAAAGCACGAGGACAAAUUCAGGUCAUCUUUGGACCAAUGUUUUCAGGCAAAAGCACUGAACUGAUGAGGAGAGUGCGCAGGUUCCAGAUAGCACAGUACAACUGCCUGGUGGUCAAGUGCAAAGACACACGUUAUUCUGACCAAGGCAUGGCAACACAUGACAAAAACAUAAUGGAAGCUGUACCGGCCGAUCGUCUUGGAAACUUGCGGUCUCUGGCAUUACAAGCCUGUGUCAUAGGAAUUGACGAAGGACAAUUUUUUCCAGACACAGUGGAAUUUUGUGAAGAAAUGGCCAAUUUAGGGAAGACAAUCAUUGUAGCUGCCUUGGAUGGAACCUUUCAGAGAAAACCUUUUGGAAACAUCCUGAACCUCAUCCCUCUAGCAGAGAGCGUAGUGAAGCUCCAUGCCGUCUGCAUGCAGUGUUUCAAAGAGGCUGCCUACACCAAGAGGAUAGGAGCAGAGCAGGAGGUGGAAGUGAUCGGUGGCGUUGACAAGUAUCAGGCGGUGUGUAGAAAGUGUUACGGUGGUCUGGUGGUGGACAAAGAGAACAGCGCUCCUUUCAGGAACGAAACUCCACAAUACAUCCACACAGGAAAAGCUGUGGACUCUGCGGUUCCCAGGAAGCUUUUCUCCUCUCUCCAUCUCUGAACAAAAAAAGCCUCGCUGCAAAGGUUGAGCCGAAAGAACAAAUCCUGGAAUCAAAUGUUUUUGUUUGCCUCUUUCUUAAAUCUGACACUCGUAAUGUUUUUCUGUUAUUUAAAGGUACCUCUACUUUACUGCUAAAUAACUCAAUUUGAACAUAAUAGUGCCUUUCCUUUGUUGGUUUUAAGUGUCUUAUUGAUGCAUUGUUUUGUUAUGUCUUAAUGGCAUAAAUAUCUCUAAACAAUGAUAUAAGCAACUUUUUAACUGUCAUAGGUUUUCCUAUGCGGUGGUCUCAGUAGCUUUGUUUUGGUUUUAUUAUCUGUAGCCUUAGCCUGCCAAAUGUAAGAUAUUAAAUUAUUUUUUUCAAACUAAA